AUGGGUGCAGCCGCAUCAGCCGCCAGGGGCGCGGCCGUCGUUGGCGCUGAAGUUGCUGAAGUCGCUGCGGUAGGUGCCGAGGCCGCAGAGGCCGUGGUCAUGACCGGCGGCGCUGCAGCAGACGGCGUCUUGGGUCAGACGGCCAGCAGAAUCGCCUCAUCUUCAGAGUACUUUUCGGCAUUAGGAAGUCGUCAGGGGUCGCAGAGCUCAGCCUUUCGAAGCGUCACCAUGUCCGAAGAGUCAUUGCCGUUAGCGCCUGAGCCUGGGUGGGCGGAUCAAAUUUACAGUAUACCAAGGAGGCCAAAAUCCAUAGGUCCAUCGUUCAACAAGGGAAGGCCAUGGGACGGGCGCGGAUUCAGAAACCACCCUGCCUCAGAGGGAGGAGCGUACCAAAACUGGGAGCUUGGACCGGGUGGAGAACCACCGGUGCCUGCAAAGUUGCCACAACCCGAAGUGCCAGGUCGUCGGAUUCCGGGUUCGACGUCGACCAAUUCAGAAUUCGUCCGAACUCAAAUCAAAGGGAAACAGAUUGCUAGUGAUUGGUACACAAAGACCGAGUCUGUGUAUAGCGAAGAAGAAAUCGCAAGCAUGGCAUCAGAGGAGGAAAUCACCGGAUCGGCCUGGUCGCAUGAAGCUGCAGAUGGAUCCCAAAUUGAGCGAUUCCCAGAGUAUUACUCACCACCCAGAACACCCUCCCACAUAUCAUCGACCGGAGCGUCAAAGGGCUCGGCCCCCAAGUCUCUCACCGACUCGGAAGAAUGGUUGCGCUCGUCAGAAUCAUCCUCAGGCACUGUUGUCCACCACACUCCUCCCAACAACCCAAACUCCAUGGAGGCCAUUGAUGGAUCGGCCGAAUGGCUGUCGGGGUCGGAGCCGGAAUCGGUAGCAGAGGCUUCCAUAGAUGCCACCUAUGGCUCGUCAGAGGGGGAAUUGAUCGAAGGAGAGGUCGUCUACGACGGGCAUCCACUAGGAGCUGAAUCGCCCGCCUCCGGAGAGUCAACAGGAACUGUCAUUCACCACCGACCAGCAGGGGCGGCAGCAGCAUCAGAGGCGGAAGCCGUAGGGCCAAAGAAGUGGAGGCGAUGGCAAGACUUGUGGACCCCCAAAGACAUCCUGUCCUUUCCACCGGCGACGAGAUUCAACGUGCUCCGAGGUCAGAAAGUCACCGAACCGAUUUUCUUCGAGCCCGGAGCGGCGACGAAGCCUGAUGCCAAGACAUUCGCCAGGUUUGAAAAGGCAGUCCGGCAUUAUAUCAAGAAGGAAGGAGCCUUCACGGGAGAGGAGGUCUCGAUGCUGUUCGGCAAGAAGCCAGGACAACUGACCGGCGCCGAGUUUGUGCAAAAGAUAGGCAAGCCGUUCUGGCCCAAGAAGGCAGCGAAGCUCAACGCCAUGUCAGGACCAGAAUUUUCCAAACUGACCGCCCCAGAGCUUCAAAAAUUGCUGCCGGCUCCCUCAAGAAGUAGUGUCGGCGGAGGUGCGGUUGGAGUUGCCACUUAUGGCAUGAUUUUGGCAGGGUAUGUUUAUACAAACACAAUGGGCGAACUGCACGCGGACAAAAUGAAGGACAAGUACAAAGAUAUACACAAGCGCUCCGGAAUCGAGCCUGAUACACCUGAGAUGGCACGCGAACCUGUGUCACCGACGACCCUCGUCGUCACCGAAGGGCUGACAUGGAUGUACACUGACCCGCUCCCGACACUGGGCAUUUACACUGUCAACGACACGACAUCCUCGGUGUUUGAUGGGGAUUACAUCACCGUGCCCAUGUCCCAAGGCACUGAGUAUGCACUCACCUUUCCGCCCGAGGUGCAGCGGAUUCACCUCACCAAUGCCAGCCCGCGGCCAAUCUGCGUGGCAGGUAUCAACAUCACCACCUCGGACAAGUACUGGACGAGCUUGAGUGGCAAUCUGGGGGAUCUUUUUAACGCCGACCACUAUGAGACCGGGCAGCAAGUUAUGAAUGGGUCGACGUCGUGUACCUGGAUUGACCAGAACCCAGAAGGGAUCGGGAUUGCUGGAUUGACCUUUGAGCUGGUCGACAACGUGCAUGUUCCUGUCAAGCUCAACGGGACCUUGCCCGUUUUCUGGCUCUCCAAUGACACCCUUCCGGAAGAUCUCGUCAGCGACCAAGAGCUCUUUGACUUCACCGAGCACUUGGUCAAAAGCCAGUUGACCAAGUCGAGUGCAAAGCGGCUGUGCGAAAACCAGUAUUCCCAAGGCCCACACUUUGUCAGUUUGAAUGAAAAGCUAUACUGCGACAUGGAGGCUCGACAGAUCUAUCCUACCUGCGGGGACGAGGCUGGAGAAGGAGUGUGCUUCGACGUCGACAAGGACAAGCUGGUCGAGCCAGAAGAGGGAGACAGUGAGGAAGACGAGGCGCAUGCUGAAGGAGAGGUGCAGGUCGAGGGUGUUCGUGGCUCUUUCACCAAGCGGCGGGUUGCGAAGGCGAGGAGAUCCAAGGUGGUCAAGAGCUUCAAGCAUGUGCAUGUGUGGGAAUGA